UAAUGUUUAUUUGUUGAAAUUAAUUAAAUCAACUAUGUUAGAGGACUUUAAAAUUAAUGAACAAAAAUAUUUAAAAUAUUAAAUGAAACACGUGACAUCUACGUUUGCGUUUAUUUUUUUUAAGAUUGAAAAUGGCUGAUGAUGAAGCGACACCGAGUGUUCAAGAUUUGGAGGAAACUUUGGUAAUGAUCGGCGACAAAGCAACGACGAUUGUGAUUGAUGUUAAUGACGGCAGUUACGACGAUGACCAAAUAUUCCUUGAGGAAGUUUUACAAGAUGAUGAUGGAGGGGAGAUCAAGUUGGAGGGGGUCAGUUUCGAGGAAGCGUUCAAACAACAUGGACGACUCACCUCGGUAAAGAUGAAACAAUGUUUUAUUUGUUCGCUCGCGUUCGAAUCCCAUGCAAGGUUUGUUCAACACGUGAAGGAGGUUCAUCCCGUCAAGUUUAGAGAUGGAAAGUUUCAUUGCCCAGUUUGUAAUUAUUCAAAUAAAACGAAACCAUCAGUCGAACAACAUCUGAGGGUUCAUACGAAAGAGAAACCGUUUCAAUGCCAAAUUUGCGGGAAAGCUUUCAAUCAAAAGGCUGGUGUUGUGCAGCAUAUGCGAACACACUCUGAUGAGAAACCUUAUAUUUGUGGGAUUUGCGAUGGUAGAUUCAAAGCACACGGCACACUUCUUGCACACAUUGCUAUGAAACACCAGAAUAUUAAACCUUACACUUGCAAGGAGUGCGGAUAUUCAUUCGGGCACGCAAGUAACCUGCGUACACACAUGCGAACCCACACAGGUGAACGGCCAUAUAAAUGUAACUUCUGUGAGAAAACCUUCGUACAACACGGUCACUGUGUCACCCACCAACGGCUCCACACUGGCGAGAAGCCGUUCAAGUGUGACUAUUGUCACGGUGCGUUCACGCACGUCGGAAAUCUACGGCAACAUGUGAUCAGCCAACACACCAAGGAUUAUAAACAUAGAUGUCAAUACUGCAACAAAGGGUUCAUUGGACCAGGGGAUCUGAGACGGCAUAUUCUCACACACUCCGUUGUCCCGGUUUCCAUGGUUACCAACAUGGAGGAACAGAUGAUGCAGGAGAUUGGUGAGAAGGAGGAGCAAAGUGUGGAGCAUCUGGAGCAUGGUUUGGAACAUGUAGAGCAGGCGGGGCAAGUUGGGCCAGUCGGGCAAGUUGGGCAGGUUAGGCAUAAUGUGGGCCACGACAUGGAUCCGAACAUUGAAGAAAUCAUCCACGAGCAGAGCGGACCCGACAGUCCCGAGCUGGAGAUUGUUCAAGUUGGUGGGACUGACUUGGUAGAAGCUGAGACUUCAUAAGGAAAAAAGACGUCGUGUUGAUUCAAAGCAAACAUAUUGUUUGGAUUGUGACAUUGCUCAUUCUAGACUUCCCAACAUCAUUGUUUGAUUGUGAUGUAACAAUGGCAGGGAAUAUUGGGUUCAAACUCUGAAAUUAAUAAUGUCAUAUUUUGCAUGCGUGUUUGUUGUUUAACGAGCGUUUGGUUUAAGUUUUAGUGAAUAUUAUUCCCAUCUUGUUUUGUGUUAG